ACAGAUUUAUCGAGCAUUUACACUGUACGAAGGACGGGAGCUGCAAUCUAUAUAAAUUGUAUCCCAGCACAGUCAGCCACAGCAUUGGGCCCAACAACGAAAUAUAAGUUGUGUUCUGCCACAGUAAGGGCGCACAUCAACAGCGUGGUCAGAACAGGAUGUGCUCACUUUAUUUCCCAACCAGAUCUGCAGAGCUCAUAAACUUAAGCUUAAUGUGCACAAUGUGAUAGGAUCCCAGCCCAAUAUUGAUGCAAACAAGGUGACCAUCUUGCAAUGUCCAUCUGUGGUUUGGACUUUCUGUUUGUGCAUGGCUGACUUCUGUACUGUCACAAAUAUGCCUAACAGAUGCUCUCGCAUGGCUCUGAAGUUUCCCACAAAGCCACGAAACCUGAGACGCCCUGAGGAGUCAAAACUAUGUACGCUCUUCAAUUCCGUCAGCCAGCAGGACUGUCUUUCGGGGGACCAAACUAUGGAGGGUGUAUGGCAUUCGUUUCCCUAGUGUUGCUUCUACUGGCCUGUUGAACCCUGUGGGCCAAAAAACACCCUUGGCAGACAACGCAGUUCCUUGCACAGGCCUGGCAUUGCCUCUGAAGAAAGAACACAGAAGAAAGAAUUGACCAGUCCCUUUAUUUACUCUAUAUGCACUGUUACCUCGGUAUGCUAUUACUUCUAUAACACAACACUACCAAGCAGCUGCCCUGCCUCUCAGCCCUGCCCUGCAGCGCCGAUUAGUCACCGCUGCCGCUGAGUCACCGCUGCUGCUUAGUCACCGCCCGCAGCAACACGGCUGCGAGCCGGGGAGGCUCUCAG